AUGUCCUCACAAACGACCAUGUCGCGUGAUCUUCCCAGUACCUCACCAAUAGACGGGGAACAGGAAACACAAAUCACCCCAAGACUCACGCAGCAGACGGCGUCGUCUGCGACUUUUGGAAGUAGCUCCGACGAGACCACAACCAGUCCUAUCACUGCACCCGGUGAUAAAAUGACUGACCCCCCACCAACAGACAGAACGACAGACAUGGAUUCUGGCAGCAGCGCAUCCAACCCGACUUCCGCAGAGAAUACAUCUCCCUUGGAAACUCGCACAACUAUGGCGGCAAAUGGAAACAAGCCGGCUAGCGAUGUCACAGAGACGCUAGUUGACGCUGCCUCUACAUCGGAAAUUGAGUGGAAAGGAAAAGCUAGUUCAGUCACGACUACAAGUACAAAACAGCCUCCUCCUACGACGCUGAUGCGCAGUACCACUAGCUCGUCCGAAGAGGCAGUGCCCAGCCAGAACACCGAGCCAGAAGAAGGUGAAGUCCAACAAUGGCCGGUUUGUAACGGCCGGAACAGCGGCCCCACCAUGGCAGUGGCUUCGCGAAUGAUAUCCGCAAAGUCGUUUUGCGACCAGUUCAGGGAGGCCCCGCUGACUCUCGAAGCCCGUACUACACAUGCUUAUCUUAUUACACAUCAGCUGGUUGAUGUCAAGGCCGUUUAA